CGGACUUGCUUGUCAGUUCCAGUGCUGUCAGCUUACCGGUCACGGUCAUGCGUCAAGAUGGCAAUGAAGCAAGAAUUGAGACACUUCCUUUGUUGCUCGUCAACAGCAACGUAGGGCUUGCUGCCAUGCAUUUCGUUUUUCGACUUGCGUGUUCAACAACUUCGGUAGCUCUCUCACUCAGGUUCUCGGGUCCCAACUGGUGGACUUGGAAUGCUCUAUGAGGUCUGCGGGAAGACUCACUUGCCAUUUAUUGAUGGCGUCGCUGCAAUGAUAAUCGGCUUUCUCCUUUCUUUCCUGAACACUAAGUUGGAGCCAUGCAUACUAUCACCGGUUGGCCGAUGCUUGGAUAAGGGAGGGGUUGCUGGCUGGCUAUCAUGGCUACUUCUACGACCACGGCUUGACUCCGGGUCCUUCAGCAUGUGGCUGCCUCAAUGCCGUCUCGAGACGGUGUGCAGACGAGACAUGCCGUCCUGCAUAGUCUACCUCGAUGCUGCCCGCGAAGGCAACUUCUCCCAGCCUAGUGACCCAACGAGUUUUCAAAGCCCACCCCCUGCCUUAAGCCUGGUGUUGGAAUUUAAGCGUAGAGAAAAAAUGCCAGGAGAGAUGCGAGCGCAUUUUUAGGUGAGAGUCCUGCAAUUGUAGAUGAGAGGCUUGGCUAUUUGAGCCUAUAUGUCUU